CGCCUCCUCCCCACUUCCAUUUCUCCCCCGCUCUUCGCUUCUCUUCUUUUGCAGAGGAGACGUAGCAGCAAAGACUCGAAAGAAGAGAGAAGAGUGAUUGGAAUUACUCUGUUUCGUGUUUAUGGAAAUGGAGAGAUGGGGGAAGGAGCGGCCGCGGCGUGGCCACGAGAAUCCGUCCUUCUCCUCCACGCUGCUGGACGCCAUCUACCGCUCCAUGGAUGAGUCGGACGGCUGCGGUGAGCCUAACCCGUCAGUCGCCGCCCUCGCCUCCCCCAGGCUGCCCGCCCCGUCCUACCGCUCUGCCGCGGCGGUGAGCGGGAAGGCGGUCGCCCCACCCGUCCGCCUCCCGCCCAUCUCCACCUCCAGCUCCUCCGACAACUCCAGCUACGGCGGCUUCUCCUCCUCCUCCGAGCCCGAGUCUGCAUCCAGCCACCGCGCCCGGUUCAGGCCUAUCCGGAUCGGCGUGAUGGCGCCGGAUCGGUCCCCCUCCGUCCUCCGUCCUCCUCCUCCUCCCCCGCAGCCCGCCGUCCACCACAGCGAGAAGACGAAGUCGGGCUCGAUCCGCAGCAAUCGCAGCGAUCCGGGGCGACCCAAGGCGCCGGCGUCGCCGGGGGCCCGCCUCGGCCGCUUCCUCAACGCCCUCUUCUCUGCCGCAGCGAAGAACCCCAAGAAGUCGAAAACCUCAACCUUAACCGUCGCCGCCGCCGUCCACGUCGGCGACCCGGCCUGCUCCACGGCGUCGUCCCACUCCCGGCCGUGCCUCGUCAAGACGCCGUCGUCGCGACGGGCGCCGGGGGCGGACGACGAGGGCGUGAAGAGGUCGGUGAGGUUCCACCCGGUGAACGUGAUCAUGGGCGAGGACCUGCGGCCGUGCGGCCAGAAGAGCGUCUACGCGUGCGAUCGUGCCGCGGGGGCCGGGACCGAGAUCAGGCGGCGGUCGUUCGCGACGGAGGCGGCGAAGGGGAAGUCGAGGGAUGAGGCGAGGAGAAGGGUGGAGGAGCUCCUAAGAAGGUUCGAGGACGAGGAAGACGACAUGAGCGACGCGAGCUCGGAUCUGUUCGAGCUGGAGAAUCUGACGGUUAUGGGUGCGGGAGGCGGAGGCGGAGGUGGUUACAGGCACGAGCUUCCCGUUUACGAGACGACGCAUCCCGGUACCAAUCGCGCCAUUUCUCGUGGUAUUGUCGUGUAACCAAAAAGAAACCAUUUGGAAUCAAAUGGGGAGAAUUAAGCAGAUGGGAACCCCCCAAAAAAUCUAAUUAAAAUGUAAUUUUCUCUGUAGUUUUAGCCUUUUUUUUCUAAAUAAAAAAUGGCAAAUAGGAAAAUGGUUUUUAUUU